CGGAAGAGGCCUCCGUCGGGGGGCGUGCCCACGCAGCCGCGGUGUGAUCGCCGGCGCUCACGUGCCGGAGAUGGCGGCCGACCCUGUGCCUCCGUCCGCAAUGGCUCGGCCGGGAACUCUGAACCUCAAUAACGAGGUUGUGAAGAUGAGGAAAGAGGUGAAGCGAGUCCGAGUGCUGGUCAUCCGAAAACUCGUACGGAGUGUUGGCAGACUCAAGUCCAAAAAGGGCACUGAAGACGCACUCUUGAAAAACCAAAGACGAGCCCAAAGGUUGCUUGAAGAAAUCCACGCCAUGAAGGAAUUGAAACCUGAUAUCAUAACUAAAUCCGCUCUUGAUGAUGAUAUCAAUUUUGAAAAAAUUUGCAAAAAGCCAGAUUCAACUGCAACUGAAAGAGCAAUUGCCAGGUUAGCAGUUCACCCUCUUCUGAAGAAAAAAAUAGAUGUGCUAAAAGCUGCCGUACAAGCCUUCAAAGAUGCCAGGCACCAUGCUCCUGAGGCUGAGUCAUCAAAGGAUACUUCAGAAGAAAGCCAGUGCAAGGAUACUCUGGGUUCAACCGAUGAUGCAAGGCAGUUACAGCAUCGUGAGAGAACUGUUGUCAGUGAGCAGAGAGGAAAAGAUGCCAAAACGGUAGCAAAGAAAGCAGGAAGUGAUUCCAAAGAAAAAAUGGCCAAGAGAGAAGAUGGACCCAAAGCAGUGGCCACUCCAUGUUCUCCAGGGAUGCCUUCAGGAAAGGGUGCUGUGGUUACCUCUGCACCCCAGAAGGCACCUGCUGACUCAAACCAGAAAGUCUCAACCAAAAGCACACAGAGAGAGAGUGAGGGCCCCCGUGGCGGGAACAGUGACAGUGAGGAGGAGUUGAGUGAGGAGGACAAGGAGUACUUCGACGACAGCACUGAGGAGAGGUUCUACAAACAGUCUUCCAUGUCCGAGGACAGCGACAGCGGCGAUGACUUCUUCAUCGGAAAAGUGAAACGGACACGAAAGAAGGAUGGUAGUGUCCGGUCCUCGGCGAAGGACCAGAGGCCCCUCCCAAAGAUGUCACCUAAAACACAUACGCUUGAAACCAAUUGGGGUGUAAGAAAUGAUCAGCACAAGCUGAUUCCAGAAGCCAGGAAGUUAGAAUCCGUGUUUUUUCACUCUUUAUCUGGACCUAAAAGCUCCAGAAGGGAUUCCAGAGAACAGGCCCCAAAGAAUAAAGCUCCAGAUUUUCCAGAAGAUGAACUUCCAAUCAAGAGUCAGUUUACAAAGAGUGCAGGAAGACGGUUUGAGAGUGGGAAGCAGCAGGAGCCAGCUCCUCUGCAUCCUUCAUGGGAAGGUGAACCUCCAAUCAGGAGUCAGUUUACAAAGAGUGCAGGAAGACGGUUUGAGAGUAGGAAGCAGCAGGAGCCAGCUCCUCUGCAUCCUUCAUGGGAAGCUAGCAGGAGGCGGAAAGAGCAGCAGUCCAAAAUCACUGUCUUUCAGGGGAAGAAAAUCACAUUUGAUGAUUGAUUGCUUACUGCUUUCCUGAGCUUUCUGUCAAAAGUUUUGUUAUUUUUAUUUUUUAACUAACCUAUUAUUUAAAUAAGUCUCUUUGAAAGAGUUAUAAAAUAUAUUGCUUGUUUUUCUUUUUUUGUGUGAUUUUGGGAUAUGUUUACAUAAUCUUUUACAGAUCUCUGAAUUUGUUUCUUAAGAGUGCUUGCUCCAAAUUAUUUCUUCUAUAAGAUAAUUUAGAGAUUGCCAUCCAUGAUUAUGAAAUAUAUUUCACUAGUUCAACUUUGCCUGUUGCCUUGAAAAUGAGGCAAAAACAGGGCUGAUGAGAUGGCUCACUUCCUGCAAAGCCUCCAGACCUGAUUCUGACCCCUGAGGUUCCCAUGGUGGAAUGACAGAACCAACUCAAAACAAUUGUUCUCUGCACGUGCACAGUGUGGCACAUGCGUGUGUAUGCACACACUCACACAAUAAUGUCAAAAAAUGUAAAGAUUUAAAAUAAUAGUGGAAAAAUGAAUCAUGACUACUCAAAAAUAGAUGUAUUUGUUAGAAGUUAUUUUUAUAAGCAAAACAAAUGGUAAUUUUUAUUGUGGUUAUAGCGAUAAUAUAAAUUAAAUACUAAUUUUUCAAACUUGUAGUUACUUAUGACCUUAUAUGUGUAGUGUUUAAGCAACUUGUUUAUGUAUAGUAAUCAAAAUGAGUUCUGCAUAUCCCUGCAAUAAGUAUUUCCAUUAAAUGAAGAAUGGUUAUCUAGAA